AUGUCUAAUGAUAUUCAAAAAAAGGUUGUGGCUGCUAAAUCGGAUUUAUUUAAUUACAUAGACUCACAUAUACGCGAGAUAAAGUAUGGUGUGUAUUGUCUAGGGACAGUUGGUGCUUUACUUUGUAUACGAAGUUUACGGCCUUUUAAAAAAUUUACCAAAAUUGAAGAAUUACCUCACAAUUUUGUGAGAAACAAUGUAGCACUACAAGGCACCGUAAGAAAAAUAGAAGAGAGAGGGAAGCUUUAUGUAGACCAUCAUCCAGUUUUUCAAUUACCAUUCACUAAAAAUUAUGACUGUCUACCAAUUCAUUUGGCUUUUUUGUCAAUUGGGCCUCAGGGCAGACUUUGGCUGGUAAAGAAUGUAAAAAACAAAUUCAUAUGGUUUGAACCUUUGAAGAUAUCAGACGAAGGAGCACUAGAAUGUGUUGUUUAUUCAAAGGGACUUUUCUGGACAAAGAAAAAUUUAAAUGAGAAAAUGGAAAUAUCUUUCGAGCAGCCAGCAGCAGGCUUAUAA